AUGACUUGUCAAAACCCAGUUGGCGGCGCUAGCAUGACGGUCGCGACCCCUGGCGGCGCUACAGUGGAGAGUGAGUCGAUGGUCCCUUUUUCAUCUUGUUCCCGUCGACUCCGAAGCGACACCAUCAACCAAGCAAGCCCUCUUUCUGCCUCCGCCAAGCAAGCGAAAACCACACCAACCCCCGACGACCUUUUCCACAAUCGCUCCCUCCCAACACGAAACUCUCUCCUACAUACCUCGACAAAGCCAGCACUAUCAACCCCCAACGGCUCGACAAUCGGCUCCUCCCCCUCCAUCCACGCACAAAGUGCCCUCUUCGGCAAACUCCAGCAGCACGCAACCCCAACCGCAGCCAUGUCGACCUUUUCCCAGUUCACAAAGUGGCUGCGCAAGAAGCAGAUUCAGAUUGAAGUCACCUUUGCCGUGUACAUGUUUACGCCCUGGGAAAAGUUUGCCUUUUACUCCAUCGUCUUUCUUCUCUUCAGCCUCACCUUUAUUGCCGCCGUCCUCUACCUCCCCCACCACAUCACCGUGCUCGCCGGCCGCGUCUGGUACUACAUCAACGGCGAGAGCAUCGACGUGGCCGCCUCGGCCCGCGAGGCUGUCCGCGAGGUCCUCGCCUCGGGCGUGCUGGAUGCGACGAUGCCCAUCGUCACCGCCGCCGAAACCACCCCGCUCGUCAAGGCGGAGCUGUAG